AUGGCUUCCCCCCAGUACGACCCUGAAAUUGCAGCUGCAUCAUCCGCAAAGCAGAGCCAGGGAGGAGGAGCAGGCCCUGACAAACAUGUUGGAGCUCCUGACAUUUCUAAGGUCGGGGACUCGAAGCUGUACGAGUUCAAGGAGCAGCUCCUGCUGCUGUCGACUCUGGUGGCCACGGUGACGUACGGCGCCGGGCUGAACCUGCCCGGGGGGUCCUGGGAGCAGGGCAACCCAGGGGGGCACCUCGCCGGCGACCCGAUUCUUCGGGACACUCACUACCGCCGGUACCUCGCCUUCUACUACUGCAACGCCACUGCCCUCGCCGCGUCGCUCGUGGUCUCCCUCAUCCUCAUCAUCCUGCCGAGGAACAAACCUGCCUGGACAGUGGCGCUGCAGAUCGUCAUGAUGCUUGAUCUACUCAGCCUCAUCGGUGCCUAUGGCGCCGGGAGCUGCCGGGAUGCGUUCACAACAGUCUACGCGCUGGUGGUCUUCUGCAUUUUGCUAUUGGCCAUCAUCUCUGUUUUCUUCUCCUUUAUGGUGAAGGUCCUCAUCAAAUGGGCUCACAAGGUCCGUGCCGCCACCAGCCCAAUCAAGACCACUGGUGGCAACCUCAAAGGCAUCCUCGCCAUGAAGCGAGUCACGACGAUGAUCAACACAAUUGAGUCACUUGCAGCCGACUCCAAAGACCGUGCUGAGAAGGAGAUGGUUGAUGUGUUGAUGCUGCUCGCAACCUUCGCGGUCACCAUCACAUACGUUGCCGGGCUGAGCCCGCCUGGUGGGUUCUGGAGCAGCGCCGAGGAUGGUCAUCAUGUGAGCGACCCGGUGUUACAAGCCCGUGGCCGGUACCGCGCCUUCUUCCUCUGCAACACCACCUCAUUCGCUUUGUCCUUGCUCAUCAUCGUGGUUCUCCUGGAGAGGAAGAUGCUCGGGAAGAGUAUGUUGUUUGGGAAAAAGAAGAUGAUGUUUGGGGGAAAGUCCAUCCCAAAGCGGCUUGCAGCGCCCUGCGGGUUGAUCGUCGUUGCUCUGCUGGGCCUCAUGGGGGCCUAUGCGGCUGGGAGCUGCAGAGAGGCUGACAACACUGUCAUGGUCCUUAUGGUGCCUGUCGGUGUAUGCCUGCUGCUGGCGCUUGUUUUCCAUUGGAAGCCCCUCACGAAAAUGCAUAAUUCCGUCUUGAAAUUCUUCAAGAAACUGGCCCAUCUUGGCAUUCCUUCAGGUACUUACAGAGACACGGACGAUGACCACCUACAAAACACCCGUUAUCUUGUUAUGCUCCUUGCUACUCUUGUGGUGACCAUCACUUACCAAGCAGGACUAGAUCCACCGGGCGGCCUCUGGCAAGACGAUCGAGACGGGCAUAAGAUGGGCCACCCGGUGCUCCAAACCACACAUCCUACUAGGUACAAAGUGUUCUUCUAUAGCAACUCGGCAGCCUUCAUCACAUCUCUGGUCGUCAACAUGAUGCUCCAGAGCAAGUUUCUACUCACGCGACACACGCUGGAAGUAACCCUCGUGUUCGACCUAUUCGGCCUCGUCACUGCCUAUGGCGCCGGAAGCACUAGGGAUGUAAUCACAUCCAUCUAUAUUGUUGCCUUGGCAGGCAUCGUCCUGGUCUACGUCAUCGUCCAUAUCAUCAUCAGAGAACAUGAUCCCGAUCCGGAGGAUCAUGCUGCACUAAAGGAACUUGAUGACAAGCGCAGGGUGCUAUUGUUGGUCGCUAUCUUGGCGGCCACCCUCACGUACCAAGCUGGACUCACCCCGCCUGGUGGCUUCUGGUUGGCAGACGACCAAGGGCUUGGUCUCCGUGCGGGUUUCCCGGUCCUUCUUCAUCAUUACCCUCGUCGUUACUAUGCAUUCUUCUACUGCAACGCGGCGAGCUUCAUGGCAUCCGUAACCCUCAUCCUUCUUCUUGUCAAUCCGAAGCUAUACAGGCCGGGCAUACGUUGUUAUGCGCUCUAUGUGUGCAUGCUGGUGGGCACAUUUGGCCUUAUGGGUGCCUACGCUGCCGGAAGCUCCCGGCAUCUCAAGACCUCCAUCUAUGUAUUGACCUUGGUCGGCGCGGUGGUUGCCUUCAUAGCCUUGCUGCUAGUCCUUUUCCGGUUAUUCCCUUUAUUUGGCAAACCCAAAGAUAAAGUGCCAGUAACUCCCAAGAGCAGCGGCAGCAACAGCAACAAGAGCAGCGGCAGCAAGAAGAAAGAAAAACUUCAAUACUUGACGCUGCUAGGGAUCCUGGCUGCAAGUAUGACAUACCAGACAGGCCUAAAACCACCAGGCGGCCUAUGGCAAGACAACAAUGAUGGGCACUCUGCUGGCAACCCCAUUCUCCGUGACAUCAACAAGGACCGGUACAAUGCUUUCUUCUACAGUAACUCCACCUCCUUCAUGGCCUCAAUUGUGGUGGUCGUCAUGCUGCUUCCAUUGACGAUGUUGCCCGAGAAAGACACAAAGUCGCCCAAGAAAGAACCAAAGUCGGUCAUGCUGCUUCAGUCGAUGAUGUUGCCCGUGAAAGACCCGAAGUCGCCCGAGAAAGAAACAAUGUUGUCCAAGAAAGACACAGAGUCGGCCCAGAAAGACCAGAAGCCGACCGAUAAUGACCCGGAGCCGACCGACGAAGGCACAUGGCCACUCUGGCCAAUGCAUACGGCCAUCUUGCUGGACAUGAUGGGCCUCCUGGUGGCAUACGCAGCAGGCAGUACUAGGAAGUGGGAAACAUCCAGGAAUGUCAUGGUCCUCAUCGUUCCUGUGUUGGCCUACAUUGGGCUCUACGCAGCACUGUCAGUCUUCUGCCAUAGAAAAGAAAAGCCCAAAGAAGACCCCAAAGUGGCAGCAGAUACCCAGGUUGGUGGCGCAGGCCCGUAACAAUCAUGAUGUCAUGUGAUUCUGUGUCAACUUUACCUCUGGGGAGACAAGCAUUACAAGACGUGUUGGAGGAACUGCCGAUGUGGAAAUUCGAAACUGAGUUCAUGAGGAAAGGAACCCAAGUGAGCUAGGCUCACUGCGAGCAUCCUGUGUAUAUUUCAGAUAUUGAGUUGAUUGUUCAUAUGUAUUUCAGUGUGAUGGCCAGUUGCAGCAUAGCAGUAUAGGCAUCUUGUGAGUUGUAGUCCAUUGAAUUAAUGGCAUAGCAGCAUACUUUUUUGUGACAAAACUGUAACUUGCGGAGUGAAACCGAUGAAACUUGCGAAGUUAACGGCAUAGCA